UUUUUUAGUUAUAGUUUGUCAUCUCUGCGGCUCGGUUGUGUUUGGCGAAAAGCUCAAUGAAAAGCGGACAGAUAGUGCGCUAUAUAUAGAUACAUUAUAAUAUUAGCUGGAUAAACUAUCGGAAUGUUGAGGUCUAUCAGCAGUAAUUGUCGUUACGCGGCUGGGCAACAAGAAUGCGUGAAGCGUUUGCUUUCGGUGAGCAGGACGCUUGAGCAGCAGAACCUAGCACAACUUUUGGACUCAACACCGACGCGUACCGAUGACGAUUGGCUGAAGGCAAAACCCUAUUCCGAAGUACCUGGACCAACGACGUUGCGCGUGCUUUCCUACUUUCUGCCAGGCGGUAAGUUUAAAGUACACCUAAUGUUCCUGUCUUAUUUCUCCUCAUCGGCAGGAAAAUUGUAUAAUACGAACUUGAUACAAAUGAAUCGGCGCAUGCGGGAGAUGUAUGGAGAUAUUUAUCGCUUUCCGGGUAUGAUGGGCAAAGCUGAUGUUAUCUUUACUUACAACCCACAAGACUUUGAGGUGACCUACAGGAGUGAGGGUGUUUGGCCUAUACGCAUAGGUCUGGAAAGUUUUACGUAUUAUCGCAAAGUGCAUCGACCGGAUAUAUUUGGUGGCAUAGGAGGACUGGUCUCCGAACAAGGAAAGUCUUGGGCGGAUAUACGCAACAAAGUUAAUCCAGUGAUGAUGAAGGUGCAGAAUGUCAGACAGAAUCUGCCGCAAAUCGAUCGCAUAGCCAAGGAGUUUAUAGAUAAGUUGGAAACAUUACGCGAUCUACAGACUAACACUCUUAGUGCAGAUUUUCACGAUCAGCUUAAGAUGUGGGCCUUCGAAUCGAUUAGCUUUGUGGCGCUCAACACUCGAAUGGGCUUGCUCACAGAUCAACCCGAUCCGAAUGCAGCUCUGCUGGCCCAGCACAUGACAGACUUCUUUAACGAAAGCUUCAAGUAUGAUGUGCAGCCAUCCAUUUGGCCUUAUUAUAAGACACCCGGCUUUAAGAAGUUUCUACAGACGUACGAUCACAUCACAGAGAUCACAACAAACUACAUCGAAGCAGCCAUGAAACGCUUCAAACUGGAGAAGAAUGAAGAGAACAAGUGUGUGCUGGAGCAGCUGUUGACCCUCAAUAAGCAAGUGGCUGUUGUUAUGGCAAUGGACAUGUUAAUGGCCGGUAUCGAUACGACUUCUUCGGCAUUUGUGACCAUACUUUACCAUCUUUCUCGUAACCCCGCCAAGCAAGCCAAGUUGCAAGAGGAGCUAAAGGGUAUUCUAACUGAUCCCUCUGAGCCGUUGACAGCUGAGAACACAAAGAAUAUGCCAUACUUGCGUGCCUGCAUCAAGGAGGGACUUCGCAUCACCUCUAUAACGCCGGGUAACUUUCGCAUUACUCCCAGGGAUCUAGUGCUUUCCGGUUAUCGGGUGCCUCGUGGCACAGGCGUUCUCAUGGGUGUGUUGGAGUUGUCCAACAGCGAUGAGUACUUUCCACAAAGUGAGCAAUUCAUGCCAGAACGUUGGCUGAAACAGGACGCGACUACCGAGAACCAGGCGUGUCCCGAGGCCCGCUCUCGCAAUCCAUUUGUGUAUUUACCCUUUGGCUUCGGACCACGCACCUGCAUUGGCAAGCGCAUUGCCGAGCUGGAGAUGGAGACGCUGCUGGCUCGACUGCUGCGUCGCUACCAUGUCACCUGGCUGGGGGAGAAGCCGUUGCAAUAUGAGAGCACCAUAAUCCUGUCACCACACGGCGAUAUACGCUUCAAGUUCGAGCCAAUUGAUUAA